AUGUCAUCUGAUAUUCACAAUGAUGGCACAGACAUCACGACCCUCAAAGUGGCUAUGUAUCCUCAUUUGCCUGAUUCGGCAGGUGACAACUACGCAAAACUAUUACAAUUUAUCAACGAGGAAUUUAAAAAAAUUCAACCAACGAUUAAUCUACAGCUACGUCCGCUAGACCAAAACGAUGACUUCUAUAGUCUGACGACACUUACUCCGUGGCUAUCAACCGACGGAAUAGGAUACGACGUAGUCGAAAUUGAUACUUUGGUUUUGGGUGAUCUUGUCAACGCUGGUCUCAUUGUUCCGCAAUUUCCCAUCUCACAUAAUCAUUCAGAUUGGCAUUCAGCUGCUACCAGUGCUGUUCAGUUUAACCAGGCAGUGUAUGCUUAUCCACACAUUAUGUGCGCAUAUUUUCUUUUCACUCGUGAUGAACAAGCAGCUAAAGUAACUACCAUAGACGAGCUUAUAAAUAUUCUGAGCCCUAAUGCUUCUGCUACUUAUCGUCUGGUUGGAAAUAUGAAUUCUAGUUGGAUCUUACCUUCUCUGUGGAUUAACAGCUACCAGAGCAGUAAUAAUUCCGAAUAUAAUAUACCAGCAUUUGCUCUUCAUUCUUAUCAAAAGAACUCAUUUGAAACUAUGCGCAAGUUUGUACAACUCUGUGAUCGAGCAGGAGAAGAGAAUAACUGUCUUAAUGGAGUAUUCAGAGAUAAUUCCAACAUGACGGCCUUAUUAUUUGCACAUAAGCAGACGGCGGCUAUGUUUGGCUUUUCUGAAAACCUCUUUACAGUCCUCAAAAAUGGAGAUCUGGAUGACUAUUCCAAUGUCAAAAUGAUUCCAUUGCCAUUAGGUACAAAUGAUAAUCAACCUGGUUUUUUUACUAAUGCAUUCGUUUUUCGGCGAAAUAUGUCAGUCGAUGUAUUAAAGGCUGCUCGUUUAUUUGCCGAUUUCAUGGGCACACCUCGUAUGCAAGCCGCUGUUGUUGGCAGUGCAGAUAGCCCUAAUACGAGGCCACGCUAUCUUCUACCUAUGUCCAAGAAUGCUUAUAAUGAACCACUUUUAGCAAAUGACCGCUUCUAUCAGCAGUAUUUUCGAAACUUAGACGUUGGUUAUUCUUAUCCAACAGCAGGAUUCUUAAAUACACGCAAAGAACUUAACACUGCUAUUUUGAAAGAAGUCGAUGUCAAAAAUGACCCUUCUUCUUUAUCGAUCAACGAUCAAAAACAUGUUGGCAACAAGAAAGCUCUCGAAUUUGGUGGUGGACCGAACUUAUGGCCAUCGUUUCUUCUCGCUCAAUAUGUUGAUUCAAUUCGUUUUUGUGACUAUGCACAAUGCAAUAUCGAUGCUAUUAGUAACUGGAUCAAACAGAAACCGAACGCUUUUGAUUGGACAAAGUUUUUCGAAAGUAUUCUUGAUGCUGCUGGAAACUCAAGAGAAAAGUGCGUCGAAUGGGAGUCACGUCUUCGCGAUGCUCUCAUUCAAGGUGGCCUGUCGACAUGCGAUGUCAAUGAUCCGCAUUGUCCAAUUUUAAGUUCAGAAGCCAAUACAUUUGAUAUUAUUUUUAGUAGUCUCUGCUUGGAAGCAGCUUGUUUAACGAUUGAAAUAUUCAAUGAAACAAUCAAACGUCUCAUACGUCUGUUGAAACCAGGUGGUCUACUUCUUCUUGCCAUGGUUCGAAAUGAAUCUUUUUACUAUGUUGAUAGCAGAAAAUUUUUCUGUUUGCCUCUUGAUGAAACAAAAGUCAAACGAGCGUUGCAUGAGACAGGUGAUGUGGAGGAUAUUUACAUUAAUAGCUCAGAUACAACAGUCGACAAUUCAAAACACAAUACAGUAGCCGAUUACGAUGGAAAAAUGAUUAUAAGCGCAUAUAAAAAAAUCUAA